AGUAUUUAUAGUAGCUGAUAGUAUAUUAUAAUAUUCUCAUUUGAAACGCUUUUUAUAACACUAGUUUUAUUUUAUUUUGUUCUAGAACACCCGCUUCUAGCCGGUUAGCCCAUUAGCAUCGCUAGCCCGUUAGCACAGCUACCACAAGUUUGUUUACGCUUCUCACCGAUUAUUUCUGUUACACUACUGCUCUAAAACACCAUGUCGGUUGUAUGUCUGCCUUUGAGUGCAGGUGAGGAUACACCCGAGCUGCACUCGGUGGAUCUGGAGUUGGAGGCUGUGGAGAAGCAGAUCCGCGACCUACAGGUGAAGCAGGCCCAGCUGCGACAGUGGAAAGCCGCGCUGGAAUCGUCCCGGACUGACGCUCACCUGUCCCAGGUAAAUUCGCGGCGGGAAACAAACACUCCCAAAACCUCAACUCUGCGUAUUUCUCUGUCCAGGCCUAGUGCACCAAGGACGCGGCCCGCCCAGGUUUCGUUCACUCCGGCGCCGGGGUACCACGGAGCCUGGAUGCAGCAGCAGCGGAAGACACGAGCCAGGACCCGGGCGAGGACCUCUCCCCCUCUGCCGCCACCCGUUUUUGAGAUCUCGACCAGGAACCGCUUCGCUCCACUUCGCGAGUCGGAAAGCGACGCGGUGAUCAUCGGAGACUCCAUCGUCCGGCACGUCCGUGCUACCACGGCUAAAGGUAAGGUGCGCACUCACUGUUUUCCUGGUGCUCGUGUUCUCGAUGUUGCUGCACAGAUACCCGCGAUCCUGAAUGGGAAGAACAUCGGAGCUGUGGUCCUCCAUGCUGGCACGAACGACACCAGGCUGAGGCAGACGGAGAUCCUGAAGAAGGACUUCAGAAGCCUGAUUGAGAAGGUACGCAGCACAUCGCCCACGACGAGGAUCAUCGUGUCAGGACCGCUUCCCACGUUCCAGCGAGGAAUUGAGAGCGUCCUAGGCUCUACCGUACUGACGGCCUGCACCCAAGCAGAGCUGGAGCAGCGGUCCUCUCGGACAACAUCUCUAGGACACUACGCACCAUCUGACUGCUACACUCCUGAGCUGCUGGUGAUCCAGACCUCCCCCCCUUCACUCUGGACCUGUCCACCGGCAAUGCUUCACACUGCCACGAAAACGCUUCAGCUGUUUUCCAUGGACUACACCAACACACAUUGUGCUCACACACACGCACACUACAGUGUAAACCCAUAUGAGGAUGGGUUCUCUGUUGAGCCUGGUUCCUCUCAAGGUUUCUUCCUAUCACCAUUCUCAGGGAGUUUUUCCUUGCCACCGUCGCCCUGCUUGCUCAUCAGAGACGGCACACACACACACUUCACUUUACUUUUGUUUGUGUAAAGCUGCUUUGAGACAAUGACCUUUGUAAAAAA